AUGGCGUCCUCGGCUGCAGCUCUUCUGCUCUCGGCGCUCCUCGUGCCUGCUGUCAAGGCUGAUACCGUCUUCAGCCAUGUCCAGCCUUUGAACACCACAAUCCUUGGCCAGUACGGCUUCUCAGAUCCUGUGUACCCAUCUCCAAAUACAACUGGAGCUGGCGGCUGGGAAGCUGCGCUAGCAAAGGCUCAGGCCUUUGUCGCUGAACUGACCAUUGAGGAAAAGGCACAGAUGGUUACUGGUGUUGCAGGACCUUGUGUUGGUAACAUUCUCGCUAUUGAGAGGCUUGGCUUCCCUGGUCUCUGCCUUCAGGAUGGUCCCCUUGCCAUCCGAGUAGCAAGCUAUGCCAGUGUCUUCUCGGCUGGUGUUUCCGCUGCUGCUACUUGGGACAGAGAUAUUAUGUAUGAACGUGGCCAUGCGAUGGGUGAGGAGUUCAGGGGCAAGGGUGCCCACAUCUAUCUUGGACCCGUUGCUGGACCAUUAGGUCGUUCCGGUUAUGCUGGUCGGAAUUGGGAGGGAUUCGCCGCGGAUCCCUACCUGACCGGCGUGGCAAUGGAGGAAACCAUCACGGGCAUGCAGGACACUGGCGUCCAGUCGUGUGCCAAGCACUUUGUCGCUUACGAGCAAGAGACACAGCGCAACCCAACUUACCCCUAUAUAACUGAGGAUGACAGCAGCAUCAGCGUGACCGAGGUCACCCAGGAAUCAGUGUCCUCAAACGUUGAUGACCGCACACUUCACGAGCUCUACGUCUGGCCUUUCGCCAACGCGGUCCACGCUGGUGUGUCGUCCCUCAUGUGCUCGUACAACCGCAUCAACGGUUCCUACGCCUGCCAGAACUCCAAGACCCAGAACGGUAUCCUCAAGUCCGAGCUUGGCUUCCAGGGAUACGUGAUGAGUGAUUGGGGUGGCACGCACUCUGGUCUUGCCUCCAUCGAGGCUGGUCUGGACAUGGAUAUGCCUGGCACCGUUGGAUACUAUGGUAUGGACUUCGCGGGCGGCUCCUUCUUUGGAGGCAAUGUGACGGCGGCCGUGAACAAUGGCUCUCUGGACGUCGCACGCGUGGAUGACAUGAUCACGAGAAUCAUGACCCCGUACUAUUUCCACGGACAAGACUCUGGAUACCCUGGCGUCGACCCUGCUGGCGGUCAGCUCAACACCUUCUCGCCAGAGAGCACCUGGAAGUACACCUUCAACAUGACCGGCACCCCGAAUGUGGACGUCCGCGGCAACCACAGCGAGCUGAUCCGCAAGCAUGGCGCUGCUGGAACGGUCCUGCUCAAGAACACUAACAACGCCCUGCCUCUCAAGGCACCCAAGCUCAUUGCCCUGUUUGGAAACGACGCCUCCGCGCCCACUGAGGGAAUGUACACGUCAGGAGCCACCUUCUACGGAAACCAGUACGUCGGUGGCGGUUCUGGCACGGGCCGUGCCACCUUUGUGUCCACGCCCCUCGACGCCAUCGUCGAGCGCGCCAGCCAGGACAACGCCUACGUCCAGUUCUUCCUGAACAACACCCUCGUCGUGGACUCGGAGAUGCCCAGCCUCUGGAUCCCCGCUGAGCCUGACGUCUGCCUGGUGUUUGUCAAGACCUACGCCGAGGAGGGUGCCGACCGCACGACGCUCGACCUCGACUGGGAGGGUUCUGAGAUGGUCACCUCAGUCGCCAAGUACUGCAGCAACACCGUGGUUGUCUCGCACUCGUCCGGCAUUAAUGUUCUCCCCUUUGCCGACAACCCCAACGUCACCGCCAUCCUGGCCGCCCACUACCCUGGCGAGGAGAGCGGACACUCCAUCGUCGACAUCCUCUACGGCGACGUGAACCCCUCUGGUCACCUGCCCUACACCAUCGCCUACAACUCGUCCGACUACAACGCGCCCCCUACCACCGCCGUCCAGACCAACGGUACCGAGGACUGGCAGGUUUGGUUUGACGAAGGUCUCGAGAUCGAUUACCGCUACUUCGACGCCAACAACAUCUCCGUGCGUUACGAGUUCGGCUUCGGCCUCUCGUACACGACCUUCGAGCUGGCCAACAUCGCCGCCGAGGCUCUCGGCUCCGACUUCACCGCCGCUCCGCCCGCCGAGGAGAUCCAGCCUGGUGGCAACCCUGCUCUGUGGGAGACGCUGUACAACGUCACCGUCUCUCUGUCCAAUACAGGCAGCGUAGAGGGCGCCGCCGUGCCCCAGCUGUACGUCACCUUCCCCGACAGCGCGCCCGCAGGCACGCCGCCCAAGCAGCUGCGCGGCUUCGACAAGAUCACCCUCGCGCCCAACCAGACUGCUACGGCCUCGUUCGAGCUGAUGCGUCGGGAUAUCAGCUACUGGGAUGUCCUGUCGCAGGACUGGGUGAUCCCCAGCGGCGACAUUACUGUCAGCCUGGGCUUCAGCAGCCGAGAUCUGAGGGUGUCGACGACCAUCACGCCUGUGGCUGCGUGA